AUGGCCGAAGGGGCUCCCGGGCGGGCCGAAGACGUAGAAUGGACGAGGAGCAGCAGCCCAAGAGCGCUGGCUCCCUCGCCGGCAGGCAGGAGGCAGGACGGCUGGCUGGCUGGCUGGCGCGCGGCGCAUGCGCCCUGCGGCGGGGCGGGCGGGCGGGGGCGGUGGCGCGCGGAGGGGGAGGGGAGGGGGCCGGUGGGCGGGGGCGGGCAGGGCGGUGCGUGGGGUUUCCCGAGGCUGCGGGCAGGGGCCCCCGCCGCGCCCAUCCCCGAUGGCUGGAGGGAUCUGAGGGGCGGACGGAGGCGGCGGCUGCAGCGGCGGGAGCCAGGCCGGGCGCGCGAGGCCGGGGGCGCGAGGGCGGACGCGAGAGGACGAGCGCGAGAGCGCGAGCGGGAGCGGGAGCGCGAGGGCCGGGGCAGCGGCGCGAGCCGGGGCGGGGGAGCGGCGGCGGCGGCGGCGGCGGAGCAGCGGCCUCGAGACACCCGCCGCGGACCCUGCGGCCGGCCGGCGGACCGACUGACUGACCGACGCCGACGGCGGGAGCCCCUGCCCGGCCCGCGGGAGCCCGACCCCCGUGCUCCUCAUGUCUGCACCCCACCUUGUCUCUGGGAGCCCCCCCGUCUGCUCGGCGCCCGACGUCUCGCGUGCCCCCCCAUCCUGUACCCCUUUCCACACGCUCUCGCGCAGGCCCCUCGUCCCCCCCCUCCCCGGGGCUUCCCAACCCUUCUCUCGAGCCUCGUGGGCUCCUCUCGAUCCGACCCCAGCCCCCCAUCCCGAGCCGGGGGCUCCUGA